GAUGUAAUCAAUGGAGACUUUGUAACUGACGGUGAUGGACGGUGAUGACUUAGUAAAUAAUUGUUGUGAUACACACGGAAUGUGUUAAUCUAUCGGUGUUUAUUUUUGUUGACGGCGGGCACAAAUUUUCAUUAAUUUUUAUUGUUUGGAGUGCCUGGGAACGUCAUUUUCACGUUUAACUUGGAUGCGGCGAAAUAUAUCGUAUCAUUAUGUCGAGCACAUCACAAAAGCAUAAGAACUUCGUGGCUGAGCCAAUGGGAGAUAAACCAGUGACUGAUCUAGCCGGCGUAGGUGAAGUAUUAGGAAGACGGUUAGAAGCAGCAGGUUUUGAUAAGGCGUACGUCGUGCUUGGGCAGUAUCUUGUGCUGAAAAAAAAUAGGGAGUUAUUUCAAGAAUGGAUGAAAGAUGCAUGUUCAGCCAAUGCUAAACAAUCCAAUGAUUGUUAUCAAUGCCUUACCGAUUGGUGCGAAGAAUUUUUGUAAAGUAGGCUUCUUCUUAAACAUAAAUUCAGUACAGCACAAAUCACCUUAAUUCGUAUGUAAUAGUUACAAGAACUUGAUGAAUCAAACACUUCCUACUGCCAAUUAUAUCUAAUUAGUAUUCUACUUUCUACAUUUUUAUGGGAGGUCAAGAAUGAAUGUAUAAGUUUUAAUUGCCUAUUGACAUUGUUACUUAGUAGCAUUAACUUUUAUUAUCUAAACGUAGAAUUACCAUAUGAACAAUAAUUAUGAUUUUGAAUCCUGUUUCUUUUAUUUUAUUCGAGAUAUCACCAAGCAAUGCAUUUUACCGCUGCAUUUAAAUAUACCCUUAAGUUCUCUGUUUUAAUAUUAAUUUAAAUUCAUAGUAACCUAAAUUGGCCGUGGAGAAACAUAUUUUUGCACUACUUUAAUAGUCUGAUAUACUAACGCAUGACAAAGGCAAAAGAAAAUAUUGUACUAUAUGUAAUAUACUUGAACAUUUUUCGUUACAAACAAUAAAAAGUAAAUAAGUCAAUGUUGCUUAGAGUAUUACAAUUCUAAACAAAUUAACAAUAUACAAUUAUAAAGAAAUCCGACCUUUACUUGAAAUAGUUUGCGACUUUUAAGUUCAAAGAUGUCAUCACUGACUAUUAUGUACUGUGAAUAAACUGCUUAUCAAAUGA